AUGUCUGUGUACGCAUCGGGUAAUGUUGCCCAGCAGCAGCAACGGCAGCAGCACCAGCAACGAUUAGGUGAGUUGUUGGAAGCUGUCAAGCAAGAAUUCGAUUUUGCCUUAAACGAGGCGUCCAACUUUAAACAAGUCAAAGAGGAUUAUGACCUCAAAUACAAUCAACAAACGGCAGAAAUGCAACAGAUUCGUCAGACCGUGUUCGAACUCGAGAUGGCUCACCGUAAAAUCAAAGAGGCUUACGAAGAAGAAAUUUUGCGUUUGAAAACAGAGUUGGAGAAUCGCGAUCGUCAACAGAUUCCAGGCAAGGCUAACGGCGCUCCCUUCUCCUAUAUUGGCCACCAGGGUAACCAGCACCUGCCUCUCCCUGCUCCUCUCAAAAAGGAGGGCAAAAAAGACAAAGACACCCACACUGGUGUCACCACCGAGACGUCAAUUCCUCCAGUUUCAGCUGUCGCCAACUCCAUGCCAGCCACUCUUCAGAAAGCUCCCGACACCUCGACCGGCAUCCCGGUAAUUGACAAGACCCAGUAUGUCGUGGAUCCCCUGCAAAAGGCACUCCAUAUCAAAGAAAUCCCGCCAUUCUUGUGUGAUCUUGAUGUUAACAAAGCCCACCCCGAUUUCAAGAAGCAAAAGCCAGAAUACUACGUAUUGUUCAACCCGGCUUUCAGCCGCGAGCUCGAUGUGGAAUUGGUUCAUUCGUUGGACCACUCGUCGGUGGUGUGCUGUGUGAGAUUUUCCAAAAACGGUGAGUUCAUCGCUACUGGAUGCAACAAAACUACCCAAGUCUUCAAUGUGGCUACCGGAGAAUUGGUGGCUAAGCUUGUGGACGACAACACAAGCGGCCAUGAGGAAAACGGCGAAAACGACGCAAACGACUCGACCGUGCAAUCGACCAACUCCAACGGUGAUUUGUACAUUCGUUCCGUGUGUUUCUCUCCAGAUGGAAAACUCUUGGCAACCGGAACCGAAGACAAGCUCAUUAGAAUCUGGGACCUCACUACCAAACGUAUCAUCAAAAUAUUGCGUGGCCACGAACAGGACAUCUACUCAUUGGAUUUCUUUCCCGAUGGUAACCGAUUGGUUUCCGGUUCCGGAGACCGCACCGUGAGAAUCUGGGACUUGAGAUCGUCUCAAUGCUCGUUGACGUUGUCCAUUGAGGACGGCGUAACCACUGUAGCAGUGUCUCCAGACGGACAGUUGAUAGCCGCCGGAUCGUUGGACCACACUGUCCGAGUUUGGGAUUCCACCACCGGAUUUCUUGUGGAAAGAUUGGACUCCGGAAUUGAAAACGGCAACGGUCACAAAGACUCGGUUUACUCCGUUGUGUUUUCGAACGACGGCAAGCAAAUUGCAUCCGGUGCGUUGGAUAGAACCAUCAAGUUGUGGAACUUGGAAGGUAAGCAGGAGAUGAACUCGCCAGGCGGAAAGAGAACCACUUGCGAAGUCACCUAUGUUGGCCACAAAGACUUUGUGUUGUCUGUUUGUUCGACCCUCAAUAACGAAUUUAUCUUGUCGGGAUCCAAGGAUCGUGGAGUUGUGUUCUGGGAUCAACUCUCUGGUAACCCAUUAUUGAUGUUGCAAGGCCACCGUAACUCGGUGAUCUCUGUUGCGGUAUCUUUGAACUCCAAUGGAACCGAAGGUAUCUUUGCCACUGGAAGUGGAGACUGUAAAGCCAGAAUAUGGAAAUGGACCAGAAAACAAUAA